UCUUUAUACUUUUCUGUAUGCUUGAUAUAUUUCAAUUUAAAAAAAUCAGUGGAGUAAGGAAGGAUCAGGCAACAUUGAAAGAGGAAUAUUGCCACACAGUUGCCAAUCUGAUGAAAAUACUGCUUAUGCUAGGUCAAAUUGAGACUCUGAAAGGUAUUUGGGAGCCAGACACUUAUGAGAAUACAUAUUGCUUUGAAUAUUGGAAGAAAGCAAAGCAGUCAAACGAAUUUCUUCUUGGCUUGGAGUUUUGUUUACUUUUCUCAGGUUAGAACUGAUAGUUCUAAUGGUUUUAAGAAGUCAUGGAGAACAGGCCCACCAUGAACCUGAAUAUUUGGUUCUGAGUUUAUAGCCAUUGUCUAGUAAAUACUGUUUAAGGGUUAUUAGCACACAAUGAUCAUAAAAUCUUGUAAUACUUUUAAGAGGUGUAAGAAAUUGAAGUCACCUGAGAAUACUUCCUUCUGAUUUUACAGUGGAGAAAUAAAGGAAUCAGAGCGUUUAAGUGACUUGCCUAAGACCUGUCUGGGCCACCACUUUAGGGAUUGUUUUUUAAUCCAUCAUCAUGCUGGAUUUGUUACUGAGCGAUAAAAUGGUACAGAAGGUAGUCACAUAGAGAAUUUAGGAAAUAAAAUACUCAUUUGUUCAAAUACUUCUUAGGAGGUUGAGAUAUAUCUAUGGGUAGAAGAUUUAGAGGUUAUUUAAGAGAAAUUAGGAUUGUCUAGGGUCCACCCCUCACCGUGGGGAUUCUGAAGGGCAGAGUCUUAUGAGAGAAGAGAGAUCAAGUUACUUGGUGAGUGAGAUGUUCUAGGUGCUCAGUCCAAGGGCUGGCUGGAUGGCUAGCACUGAACUUGUGUGGAUGUUUGUUCAAACUAAUCAGCCUACGAUUGGUUUGUUCCUAAGAAUGAUAAAACUUUGUUCUAGUUUUUUAAAUUGUAAUAAUAAUUCUGUAAGCAUUUAAGAAGAAUGCUUUCUUUAAUGUUGACUUUUUUUUUUUUUUUUGAGACAGAGUCUUGCUCUGUCUCCCGGGCUGGAGUGCAGUGGCACGAUCUCGGCUCACUGCAACCUCUGCCCCCGGGUUGAAGUGAUUCUGCUGCCUCAGCCUCCAGAGUAGCUGGGACUACAGGCGCCCGCCACCAUGCCAGGCUAAUUUUUGUAUCUUUAGUAGAGACGGGGUUUCACCAUGUUGGCCAGGAUGGUCUCGAUCUCCUGACCUUGUGAUCUGCCCGCCUUGGCCCGCCAAAGUGCUGGGAUUGCAGGUGUAAGCCACUGCGCCCGGCCUAAUGUUGACAUUUUUUACUCCUACACGAAGCUGUUAUGUUUUUACUUAUUCUUUUCUAGUCUUUAUCGAUAAUGUAUAAAUAUGUACUGUAUUAUGUAAUUUUAAUUGCUGGAUACAUAUACCUGUCUUCUUAAACUUUUUUAUUCUAUUUUAGUAGAGUCUUUGUAAUAAUCAUUUUUGAAUGUAGUAUUUAGUUGUGUUAAUUUAUUUUAUUUUUCUUAAGUAAUCUAUGAUAGAAUAAGCUAUUUCUGUUUUUACAGAAUAUUGUAGGGAACCUUUAAAAACACACAAUUAGCAUUUUUCUGCUAAUUGCUUUAUUAGGAUGAAUGCAUAGAUUUACUGUGUCAAAGGUUAUAACCAAUUUUAUGACCUUUAGUAUGUAAUUCUGGAAAAUUAAACAGAAACUUAAGUCACAAAUGGCCUUAAACAUUGGCAGGAAGCUGCUGAUUUCCUGACUGUUGUACAGGCAACCCACUGGCAAGUAACAUGUCAAAUACGGACCAUUAUAAUUCCUUAUCAUAAAGGCAGAUACAGUUUUCUUCAAAGGACAUGAAAAUAAUUUAUUUGCUUUUGAUGCCUUUUCUCACUGGGAAAUGAUAUUCUGUAAGUGCACAAUGUGCACUUGAAUGUGAAGUUGUGGUGAGGAUUUUUAUUUUUAUUUUUGUACAACCGAGUUAUAAUAAAGGAAACAAACUUUAUGUCACUUCUAGGCUGAUGAAAUACCCUAGUAAAUGCAGUGCAUUUUUGCAUGACUAAUAGGAGUAGGGGCGGGGCUUUGACUUUUACAUCAGUCAGGUUAAAAUCACCUGUUUGCUGGUUUCCCUAAGACAGUGAUGUAUUGCCCUUUGCUUAACUUUUUGUUAGUUGGGAAAUGUAUUCUACUUUGAUGACUGGUGUUUUUCUGCUUAGUGGGGAUAUUUUCUGUGAAGCCAGGAUAAACAAUUCUAUAAUGCAAAUCUGAACACAUCACUGCCUUGCUUAAAAUCUUUCACUAGCUGCCCUUUGCUGUUAGGAUUAAGUCUAUCCAAACUCCUUAGCAUGGUAUAAAGAGCCUCUCAUGGUCACAGCCUUCCUUUCCUUCCAUUCCCUUUCUUGCAGUCAGCACUCCAGCCCUUCUGACCGUUUUUGUUUCUUAAAUAUGUUGUGAUCUCUCUUACUUCUAGGACAGUAAGUUCUGUAGAUUCCUUGGUGAAUAUACAGCCUUAGAGACUGCAAGAAUUCUGAGCAGUAUUUCUAAGGGUUAGAUUUCCCUCCAAGUACCAUUAACAUUCUGGGCUGCCACAUUUCAAGAUUUACUCUGGAGAUGUGAGGUGGAAGCCAUGUUAAAUGGCUGGAAGAUAAUCCUGUGGGAGAGAUAAGCUUUGUCAUUUUAUUUUUACCAGGUGUGUUGCAGUGAGUGUUGAAAAGCCUUCCACAAAAAAUAGAGUCUUCUUUUUUCCCCUGUUAUGAUUAAAUUACUGGCUGCUAAUCUUUCAUGAUGAAGAGAGAAGCCCAAAAGCAAUUUCAGAACAUGCAUCUCAUGCUGAUUAGUGGUUAUAAUGAUUUCACAUGGAUAGUAUUCCUUGUGUUUGAAAGUUAUUUUAUUGGUGAGAUCUGCAAAAUCAACAAGGCUAGUUUAUCUUUGCAAAAACUUGUGACAAGCUUAUAGCUACACUCCUUGGGGAACACAGUUCACAUUUAAGAUUUUGCCUCAGGCACCUCUGUUCAGCUUUAUGCUGUGUCUUUCAGAUUCUAGAUAUGAAACUGGUUUGACAUUAAUACCUAGCAUGAUAGCUUUUUAGAUACACUCUUUGCUUGCAUUAAGUCAGACAAAAUCUGCAGAGCCUAGCACUAUGCUCAGUAUAUGAGCUGCUUUCUCUGUGUAUCUUGGUUCAUACGAGAGUCAGUGUACCUAGGCAGUCAGUAAACAGUCAUUGAUUAGAUUUGGAUUUAAUAAAUUUAAGCCUGGCCAAUAAUUAGUGGGAACCAAACCAAGGCAACCUAUAGUAAAUGGAGCAUUGCAUCGAAGAUCUCAGUUCUUCAAAUAAGGCACAGAUAAAGGAUCUCUAUGUAUUACCCUCCUGUUCUUGGAUUUAAUUGUUCAAAUGUUUCACGCAAACCCCAAUUUCAGGCUAAUAUUUAGGCAUUCUCUUCUAUGUUAUACCUCAGGUAAUUUGGAAACAUUUGUAUUUCUAAAUCUAUUUCUGUAUAAACUUUCUAUGAAUUGUAUAUCUCUCCCUCUCUAUAUUAUAUAGUAUAGAUUUAAAUUGAAAAAUUCAUUGUUCCCUUCAGAGGUGUAAGAGUAUUCUGGCCCAGCUGGAAAUGUUAUGUUAAAUUUGAAAUUCUACUACCUAAAUUUUGGACUUGUGUACUACUGUUUUAGUAGAGCUAUAUGAUACUGCAGAUAAAGUUCCAAAACAAUCUGUGGUGAAAAAAUUCUUGUUCAGGGACCUGUUGUUCAGUGAAACUGCUUUUCUAUUGGGUACCUGUAUUCUUUUUUGGUUAAGUUAAAAAAAAAAAAAGGAUUUAUUGGCCUAUGUCUUAAGGGGGUUGGGGGAGGACCCAUGGUUCAUGGACUCCAAGGAUAUAAAGGCAUUCCCCUUCUCAGUAAGAAUCCUGCUAUUCUGCUUCCUGUUCAUUGGUCUUAUUUUCUGCCACAAUGAGGUUUUAUCCACAUGAUUUGAAUAGAGAACAGUUGGCUGCCCCAAGAUGAUGUCUGUUUAUCAAAUCUCCCUGAAAGACUUGUGUUUGUGUCACCCUUGGUCUGGAAGGUGGACAGUGCAGGCAUGGAUGGGGGUCAGGUGGGACACUGUGAUCUGUAGUGUUAACAGAAUCACCUGGUAUGAGAAGUUUCUAGAGAGAUAAAAACAGAUGUCAGCUGUAAUAUCUUGAACUGGCAGUUAAAAAUUUUUUUGUAAGUUGUGGAAAAUAAACAACAUAAAAUUUACCAUGUGAGCCAUUUUUAAGCUUACAGUUCAGUAGUGUUAAGUACAUUCACGUUGUUUUACAUCUAAUCUCCAGAACUCUUUUCAUCUUGCAAAACUGAAACUCUGUACCCAGUAGAUAAUAACUACCCAUUGCUUUUUCCUGCUAGCUCCUGCCAACCACCAUUCUACUUUUUCUAUCUCUGGAUUUGACUACUCUGGCUACUUCUUAUAAGUGGAAUUGUCCAUAAUGUCCUUUUUCACUGGCAUGUUUCACUUAGCAUAAUGUCCUCAAGGUUUAUCCAUGUUUUUGCAUAUGAUGGAAUUUCCUUCCUUUUAAAGGCUGAAUAAUAUUCCAUUGUAUGUAUAUACAACAUUUCGUUUAUCCAUCUAUGUUGUUGGAUGCUUGGGUGGCUUCUACCUUUUGACUGUUGUGAAUGAUAUUUCUAUGAACAUGGGUUUGCAAAUAUCUCGUUGAGACCCUGCUUUCAGUUGUUUUGUGAACUGCCACUUUUUUGGAUAACUCUCAUUUGAAACUAUGUUCAUCUUUUUUUCCUUAAAAACUGCCCGUAAUUAACUCUUUUUGGUGCCCAGUAAGUGGAAAAUUUAGAACAGCAAAAUGUUUGCUUUAUUCAACAAGCACCUUCUCAAAAUCUAGAAAACAAAGAACAUUGAGAACACUGUGGAAGUAAGUAUGAUUGUGAGUAGCUGGCUGACGUAGAAGAUUUUAAUUUUUACUAUGAUGCAUAAAUAUGUACCUUUGCAAGUUUUAGCAGACAAGAGCAUGAGGUCCGAUCAUAGACCUAUGACUUUGGGGAAGUUACCUAAAGCCUUGCCAGCCACCAUUUACUUAUUUGCAGAGAGGGGGUUGGUUAUACCUGCUAGGGUUAAUUAGACUAUUAAAUGAGAUAACAUGUGCAGAACACAUAGCCAGUGGUAGGUGGUCAGUAAGUGGUUUCCUCUCUCCUGUAUUCUUUCAGGGGAAUAGAAGACGACCACUGUGUGAGGAUCUCUGUAUUGUUCAGCUCUGAUGCUCCUCCUACUGUGGGUGGUAGAUCUCCCUCUUAACAAGGCUUUCUUGGCAAGCAUUUUUAAACUUUACAUUUUCUUAUUUUUUUAUUAUUGUUAUUGAUAUUUUGUUUGGCAUAGGUACUGUAUUGACAUGGUUCAGAAAGCAAACCAGGGCCGGGUGCCGUGGCUCAUGCCUGUAAUCCCAGCACACUGGAAGGCAGAGGUGGGUGGAUCACUUGAGGUCAGGAGUUAAAGACCAGCUGGCCAACAUGGUGAAACCUUAUCCCUACUAAAAAUACAAAAAUUAGCUGGGCGUGGUGGCAGGCGCCUGUACUCAGGAGUAUCCCAGCUACUCAGGAGGCUGAGGCCAGAGGAUGGCUUGAACCCUGGAGAUGGAGGUUGUAGUGAGCUGAGAUCACACCACUGCACUCCAGCCUGGGCGACAGAGCAAGACUCUGUGUCAAAGAAAAAAAAAAAGAAAGAAAGAAAACCAGUAUAACAGGGUACAAAUUGAGAAGGUUUGCUCCCAUUUUUGUUUGUCCGUCAACUUCGUUCCCUGUUUCCUUAAGUGCUCUUCUCAUCUCUAGGACCUAUUAAUCGCUUCUCUGAAGUAGCUUUGGAAAGUAGAGAAGAAAAUCCAGUUUGCUUCUUGGAGAACACUGGACAGCUGAAUAAAUGCAGUAUCUAAAUAUAAAAGAGGACUGCAAUGCCAUGGCUUUCUGUGCUAAAAUGAGGAGCUCCAAGAAGACUGAGGUGAACCUGGAGGCCCCUGAGCCAGGGGUGGAAGUGAUCUUCUAUCUGUCGGACAGGGAGCCCCUCCGGCUGGGCAGUGGAGAGUACACAGCAGAGGAACUGUGCAUCAGGGCUGCACAGGCAUGCCGUAUCUCUCCUCUUUGUCACAACCUCUUUGCCCUGUAUGACGAGAACACCAAGCUCUGGUAUGCUCCAAAUCGCACCAUCACCGUUGAUGACAAGAUGUCCCUCCGGCUCCACUACCGGAUGAGGUUCUAUUUCACCAAUUGGCAUGGAACCAACGACAAUGAGCAGUCAGUGUGGCGUCAUUCUCCAAAGAAGCAGAAAAAUGGCUACGAGAAAAAAAAGAUUCCAGAUGCAACCCCUCUCCUUGAUGCCAGCUCACUGGAGUAUCUGUUUGCUCAGGGACAGUAUGAUUUGGUGAAAUGCCUGGCUCCUAUUCGAGACCCCAAGACCGAGCAGGAUGGACAUGAUAUUGAGAACGAGUGUCUAGGGAUGGCUGUCCUGGCCAUCUCACACUAUGCCAUGAUGAAGAAGAUGCAGUUGCCAGAACUGCCCAAGGACAUCAGCUACAAGCGAUAUAUUCCAGAAACAUUGAAUAAGUCCAUCAGACAGAGGAACCUUCUCACCAGGAUGCGGAUAAAUAAUGUUUUCAAGGAUUUCCUAAAGGAAUUUAACAACAAGACCAUUUGUGACAGCAGUGUGUCCACGCAUGACCUGAAGGUGAAAUACUUGGCUACCUUGGAAACUUUGACAAAACAUUACGGUGCUGAAAUAUUUGAGACUUCCAUGUUACUGAUUUCAUCAGAAAAUGAGAUGAAUUGGUUUCAUUCGAAUGACAGUGGAAACGUUCUCUACUACGAAGUGAUGGUGACUGGGAAUCUUGGAAUCCAGUGGAGGCAUAAACCAAAUGUUGUUUCUGUUGAAAAGGAAAAAAAUAAACUGAAGCGGAAAAAACUGGAAAAUAAACACAAGAAGGAUGAGGAGAAAAACAAGAUCCGGGAAGAGUGGAACAAUUUUUCUUACUUCCCUGAAAUCACUCACAUUGUAAUAAAGGAGUCUGUGGUCAGCAUUAACAAGCAGGACAACAAGAAAAUGGAACUGAAGCUCUCGUCCCACGAGGAGGCCUUGUCCUUUGUGUCCCUGGUAGAUGGCUACUUCCGGCUCACAGCAGACGCCCAUCAUUACCUCUGCACCGACGUGGCCCCCCCGUUGAUCGUCCACAACAUACAGAAUGGCUGUCAUGGUCCAAUCUGUACAGAAUACGCCAUCAAUAAAUUGCGGCAAGAAGGAAGCGAGGAGGGGAUGUACGUGCUGAGGUGGAGCUGCACCGACUUUGACAACAUCCUCAUGACCGUCACCUGCUUUGAGAAGUCUGAGCAGGUGCAGGGUGCCCAGAAGCAGUUCAAGAACUUUCAGAUCGAGGUGCAGAAGGGCCGCUACAGUCUGCACGGUUCGGACCGCAGCUUCCCCAGCUUGGGAGACCUCAUGAGCCACCUCAAGAAGCAGAUCCUGCGCACGGAUAACAUCAGCUUCAUGCUAAAACGCUGCUGCCAGCCCAAGCCCCGAGAAAUCUCCAACCUGCUGGUGGCUACUAAGAAAGCCCAGGAGUGGCAGCCCGUCUACCCCAUGAGCCAGCUGAGUUUCGAUCGGAUCCUCAAGAAGGAUCUGGUGCAGGGCGAGCACCUUGGGAGAGGCACGAGAACACACAUCUAUUCUGGGACCCUGAUGGAUUACAAGGAUGACGAAGGAACUUCUGAAGAGAAGAAGAUAAAAGUGAUCCUCAAAGUCUUAGACCCCAGCCACAGGGAUAUUUCCCUGGCCUUCUUCGAGGCAGCCAGCAUGAUGAGACAGGUCUCCCACAAACACAUCGUGUACCUCUAUGGCGUCUGUGUCCGCGACGUGGAGAAUAUCAUGGUGGAAGAGUUUGUGGAAGGGGGUCCUCUGGAUCUCUUCAUGCACCGGAAAAGCGAUGUCCUUACCACACCAUGGAAAUUCAAAGUUGCCAAACAGCUGGCCAGUGCCCUGAGCUACUUGGAGGAUAAAGACCUGGUCCAUGGAAAUGUGUGUACUAAAAACCUCCUCCUGGCCCGUGAGGGCAUCGACAGUGAGUGUGGCCCGUUCAUCAAGCUCAGUGACCCCGGCAUCCCCAUUACGGUGCUGUCUAGGCAAGAAUGCAUUGAACGAAUCCCAUGGAUUGCUCCCGAGUGUGUUGAGGACUCCAAGAACCUGAGUGUGGCUGCUGACAAGUGGAGCUUUGGAACCACGCUCUGGGAAAUCUGCUACAAUGGCGAGAUCCCCUUGAAAGACAAGACGCUGAUUGAGAAAGAGAGAUUCUAUGAAAGCCGGUGCAGGCCAGUGACACCAUCAUGUAAGGAGCUGGCUGACCUCAUGACCCGCUGCAUGAACUAUGACCCCAAUCAGAGGCCUUUCUUCCGAGCCAUCAUGAGAGACAUUAAUAAGCUUGAAGAGCAGAAUCCAGAUAUUGUUUCAGAAAAAAAACCAGCAACUGAAGUGGACCCCACACAUUUUGAAAAGCGCUUCCUGAAGAGGAUCCGUGACUUGGGAGAGGGCCACUUUGGGAAGGUUGAGCUCUGCAGGUAUGACCCUGAAGGGGACAAUACAGGGGAGCAGGUGGCUGUUAAAUCUCUGAAGCCUGAGAGUGGAGGUAACCACAUAGCUGAUCUGAAAAAGGAAAUCGAGAUCUUAAGGAACCUCUAUCAUGAGAACAUUGUGAAGUACAAAGGAAUCUGCACAGAAGACGGAGGAAAUGGUAUUAAGCUCAUCAUGGAAUUUCUGCCUUCGGGAAGCCUUAAGGAAUAUCUUCCAAAGAAUAAGAACAAAAUUAACCUCAAACAGCAGCUAAAAUAUGCCGUUCAGAUUUGUAAGGGGAUGGACUAUUUGGGUUCUCGGCAAUACGUUCACCGGGACUUGGCAGCAAGAAAUGUCCUUGUUGAGAGUGAACACCAAGUGAAAAUUGGAGACUUCGGUUUAACCAAAGCAAUUGAAACCGAUAAGGAGUAUUACACCGUCAAGGAUGACCGGGACAGCCCUGUGUUUUGGUAUGCUCCAGAAUGUUUAAUGCAAUCGAAAUUUUAUAUUGCCUCUGACGUCUGGUCUUUUGGAGUCACUCUGCAUGAGCUGCUGACUUACUGUGAUUCAGAUUCUAGUCCCAUGGCUUUGUUCCUGAAAAUGAUAGGCCCAACCCAUGGCCAGAUGACAGUCACAAGACUUGUGAAUACAUUAAAAGAAGGAAAACGCCUGCCGUGCCCACCUAACUGUCCAGAUGAGGUUUAUCAACUUAUGAGGAAAUGCUGGGAAUUCCAACCAUCCAAUCGGACAAGCUUUCAGAACCUUAUUGAAGGAUUUGAAGCACUUUUAAAAUAAGAAGCAUGAAUAACAUUUAAAUUCCACAGAUUAUCAAGUCCUUCUCCUGCAACAAAUGCCCAAGUCAUUUUUUAAAAAUUUCUAAUGAAAAAAGUUUGUGUUUUGUCCAAAAAGUCACUGAACUCAUACUUCAGUACAUAUACAUGUAUAAGGCACACUGUAGUGCUUAAUAUGUGUAAGGACUUCCUCUUUAAAUUUGGUACCAGUAACUUAGUGACACAUAAUGACAACCAAAAUAUUUGAAAGCACUUAAGCACUCCUCCUUGUGGAAAGAAUAUACCACCAUUUCAUCUGGCUAGUUCACCAUCACAACUGCAUUACCAAAAGGGGAUUUUUGAAAACAAGAGGAGUUGACCAAAAUAAUGUCUGAAGAUGAUUGCUUUUCCCUGCUGCCAGCUGAUCUGAAAUGUUUUGCUGGCACAUUAAUCAUAGAUAAAGAUUGAUGGACUUAGCCCUCAAAUUUCAGUAUCUAUACAGUACUAGACCAUGCAUUCUUAAAAUAUUAGAUACCAGGUAGUAUAUAUUGUUUCUGUACAAAAAUGACUGUAUUCUCUCACCAGUAGGACUUAAACUUUGUUUCUCCAGUGGCUUAGCUCCUGUUCCUUUGGGUGACCACUAGCACCCAUUUUUGAGAAAACUGGUUCUACAUGGGGGGAUAGCUGUGGAAUAGAUAAUUUGCUGCAUGUUAAUUCUCAAGAACUAAGCCUGUGCCAGUGCUUUCCUAAGCAGUAUACCUUUAAUCAGAACUUAUUCCCAGAACCUGGAUGCUAUUACACAUGCUUUUAAGAAACGUCAAUGUAUAUCCUUUUAUAACUCUACCACUUUGGGGCAAAUUCCAGCACUGGUUUUGAAUGCUGUAUGCAACCAGUCUGAAUACCACAUACGCUGCACUGUUCUUAGAGUGUUUCCAUACUUACCACCGAUCUACAAGGGUUGAUCCCUGUUUUUACCAUCAUCACCCUAUGGUGCAACACUUGAAAGGAAAGACCCGGCUAGAGGCACUAUGGACUUCAGGAUCCACUAGACAGUUUUCAGUUUGCUUGGAGGUAGCUGGGUAAUCAAUCAAAAAUGUUUAGUCACUGAUUCAAUGUGAACAAUUAAGGUCUUCAUGACCAAGAGUCUGAAAAUCUUUUUGUUGUUAUGCUGUUUAGUAUUCGUUUGAUAUUGUUACUUUUCACCUGUUGAGCCCAAAUUCAGGAUUGGUUCAGUGGCAGCAAUGAAGUUGCCAUUUAAAUUUGUUCAUAGCCUACAUCACCAAGGUCUCUGUGUCAAACCUGUGGCCACUCUAUAUGCACUUUGUUUACUCUUUAUACAAAUAAAUAUACUAAAGACUUUA